AUGCUGUUCCGUAUCCAGGCGUUCAAGAAUAUCUCCAAAGACGGCCUAGUGUUAAACUGUCCCGAAAAUCUAUAUAACCUUGGUGUUUUGGAUGGACUUGGAGAACAGCCGCUGAAAUUGAAAGAUGAAAUUCUAGAUCACUUUGUGUUCUGUCAGGGAAUGCGCGAAUCCGACGGACUUCGAAUUGCUUUGGAGGAACGACUAACGGAAGGAGCGCUGCGAUAUCGGAUGAAACGGGGAGGCGAAAUCACAGGGUUUGAACAGGUCACAAAGCCGUAUGGUCUCCGUUAUGGGGCGGCGAAAGCAUUUAAUGACAGCUCGGAUGUGACGAACGAGCUCCAGAACGUGAUGAUACAGCAUGCGAACAUCGACACCUUCGUUAAACAUUAUAGCGUGGGCAUCCAUGUUGACGCCCAGGCCAUUGUCCGGGGACUGCCGGCUCAGAAACAGCUAAUGCGGUUCGCAGCAUCAAUGAGCCGGUCGAUUGAUCCACGCCGACCGUACAAGCUCGAGGACACUAGUUGUGUCAACAACAUUCCGCGCGUGCGAACACUGCAGACGCGGGGCAAAGAAAGGAUGCCCCAGGGCAAAGAAAGGAUGCCCCAGGGCAAAGAAAGGAUGCCCCAGGGCAAAGAAAGGACGCCCCAGGGCAAAGAAAGGACGCCCCAGGGCAAGCCUUCGCUGCCGUGGGGCGUCCUUUCUUUGCCUUGGCCUUGAAUUUCCGACGGUAAAAAUGGGGGGCAAACAGGGCGGGUGUCUCGGAGUCAGAGAGACGACGGGUCGCGACCAAUAGCACAUUCGUAAUCUAAGCUAUCAAAGGCCAGGUACAGGCCGAGGCCCAUGUUCAAUUCUGAUGACUCUGGCUGUCAAGAGCACCGAGGGGGUAUGUCAGCUUCCAGCUGUUGAUGGAACUGGGAUGUCCCGAUUUUGCCCCGCCCCCACAUAGCACCCGAUAGAGACCCAACUAGCCCAAAG